AUGGAGAAGCAGCAGAGCAGCGAGCUGCAGCGCAGGCAGAUGCGGCGUCCCCAGCAGCAGCAGCAGCAGCAGCAGCGCCCGCUGCAGCAGCAGCAGCAGGGAGCUCAGGGUUUGAAUGAUCAGAAUGGAGGCCUACCGAACACUUGCCCAACAGUGCAGCAGCAGCAACAGCAGCAGCAGCAGCAGCAACAGCAGCAGGCGCCGCGGCAGCCGCAGCCGCCGCCACCGCAGCAGCAGCCGCAGCAGCAGCAAAUAAGGCAAGGCGACCUCGUACGAAGGCCCCACUCCGCCUAUCCACUCGAGCAGCAGCACCGGCAGCGGCAGCAGCAGCAGCAGCAGCAGCAGCAGCAGCAACCGCAGCAGCUCGAACAGCAGCCGCGACGUCAGAAGCACAAGCAGCAGCAGCAGAAACCGCAGCAAACUGUGCAGCAAAAUCAGCAUGCGCAGCAAAAUCAGGAUGUGCAGCAGCAGCAACAACAACAGCGGUUUCGUCAGCAGCAAACAACGCAGCAGCUGCAGCGGGAGGAAUGGAGGCCCCGCAGCGUGCCGGUGAGGGCUGUGGAGCAGCAGCAGCAACAGCAGCAGCAGCAGCAGCAGCACCAGAGGCAGCAGCAGCAGCAGCAGGAGCACCGGCAGCAGCAAUUCGAAGAGCAGCAGCAGCAGGAGAAACAGCACAAGCGAGCGCAGCAACGAAGGGACCGCACACAGAAAAUGCUGCAGCAGAAGCAGGAAGACAGACAGCAGCAGCAACAGCAGCAACAGCAGCAGCAGCAGCAACUGCAACAGCAGCAGCAGCAGGUAGAGCAGCGGAAUCGUAUUCACCAGAGGGAAUAUGAGACACAGAAGAGGCAGGAGCAGCCGCAGCAACGGCAGCAGCAUCAGCAACAGCAGCAGCAGCAGGAGAAGCAGCAGCGGCGGCCAAUGCAGCAGCAGCAGCACCGGGCAGCACCUUGGCAUCGGCAGCAGCAGCAGCAGCAGCAGCAGCAGCCACAGCAGCAUGAAAAGCAGCAGCCCUGGCAGCAGGAUGAGCGGCAGCAGAAGCAGCAACAGCAGCAGCAGCAGCAGCAGCAGCAGAAGCAAGUAAUUAACUUCGUAGAAGCUACUGCAGCAGAGGACGGAGCAGAGUGCAGCAACAAACAGCCGCCCAAUCUACACCUGCGAAGGCGUCUGGUUACGUGGUUCCUGCUGCCUCAUGGACAUCAGGUUGCUGCGCUAUAUUGCUGCUGCAUGCAACCACUCUCCUUUUUGCUGCCCGUUGAUGCUGCAAGCAGACCGCUGCUGCAGCCUCUGGUGCAGCGCAGCAGCAUAAGUAAGAAGGUUGAUUUGCUGCAGCUGCUGCAGCAGGGGCAUCGCGCAGUGCCGCAGCAGCAGCUGCUGCAUCUGCUGCGAGACAUCUCGCAGCCUUCCUCAGGCUUUACUCCUUUGCUUCUUUAUAAUCCACACAGAGAAGUUGUAGACUUCGCCCUUAGAGUGGUGCUGCUGUUUUGCAGGGUUUGUUUGAUGACAACCCCGCGAUGCCCUCUGAGUUCUGCUGCUCGCAUAGAUGCAGAGAUGAAGGACUUCUUAAUUGUUGGUUUGCUGCUGGAGAGGCUGCAGCAGCAGCAGCAGCAGCUCGACUCGCUGCAGCAGCAAGCUCUAUGGAGUAUUGUUAAAAUUGCAGCAGAAAGAAAACGAGUGCUCAAGUCCUUUGCUGACAGAUUUACGUUGUUUGCAUUGAGCGCGAGCCCGAGCGACAAGCAAACAUCUGAGUUGCAGUUGGCGAGCAGCAGCAGCUGGAGAGACAGUGGAGCAGCAGCAGCAAGAACAGCAGCAGCAGCAAGAACAGCAGCAACAGCAAGAACAGCAGCAGCAGCGGAUGCCCCCCGCAGCGAGUUGCUGUCAGAGAAGCGGCUGCAGCAGCUUGCAGAUUCCCUGGCCCUGCAGCAGCACCAUAUAGACGCCCUCGUUCAUAGUUAUUUAUUUGCUGCUUUCAUUACGGAGGGCUUAUUCUGCUGCCGGCCUUUCAUCAGUGGAUCUGUUGCUACUGGUGUUGCUGUUGCUAGCAGCGACAUUGAUUUGGGGGUUUUGCUGCAGCAGCAGCAGCAGCAGCAGCAAGCAGGCUGGCUGCUGCUGCAGCAUAGUGCUAUCUUAAAGAUUAACCCUUGGGCUAGCAAAGGCUACACCAUCGGAGACCGUAUGCCAGGCAACGCGCAGCAGCAGCAGCAGCAGCAGAAGCAGCAGAAAAAGGGGAAGCAGCAGAAUAAGGAGCAGCAGCAGCAGCAGCUGCAGCAGCAGCAGCAGCAGGAGCAGCAGCAAGAAGAGGAAGAGGCGUGUUCUGUCUCAGAUGAUGAUUUUGAAGACGAGACACAAGAAGCAGCAGAUGGCGAUGUUGAAGAGGUGGCAGCAGCAGCAGCAGCAGCAGCAGAAGGGGCAGCAGCAGCAGCAGCAGCAGCAGUAGCAGCAGGAGACCCGGAUGCCUUAUCUCGUUUCUCAGCAGUUGCUGCUUGCCGCUGCUGCGCACGUGCUGCUUCUCGAUUGCUGCUGCGGCUGGGGCCACCAUACUGUUUGCUGCCGGACGCUUCAGCAGCAGCAGCAGCUGCUGCUGCUCCUGCUGCUGCUGCUGCUGCUGCUGCAGGGCCUCAAGUCUGCUGCUCUGAAUUGGCGAGGUUUCCUCUCACACGAAUUAAGUGGCCGGUGCUGCGGUCUCCGCAUCCUUCUGGGGCAGAGACAGAUGAGGAGACAGAAGAUGCAGCAGCAGCAGCAGCUGCUGCUGCUGCUGCUACUGCUGCUGCAACACCUUUACCAGCAUUCACUGGGGCAGCAAAGGGGGCAGCAACAGCGAAGACAGAAAGUGCAACAGCAAUAAAGAGAGAAGACGCUGCAGCAGCAACAGACGGAGAAGCAGCAGGCUCACAGACAGAUAAGCAAGACUCCCCUACAGACAGCAGCAGCAGCAGCAGCAGCAGCUGCAGCAGCAGCAGCAGGGAGACAGAACCUCUUUGUCUACUUCCAUUCACAGCACGCGAAUACAGACUGAGGCGAACCAUCAAACGCCGAUGUCGGCGGUUCCCGUUCAUCCGACGGCUUCCCAAUGCGAGGGCAGCAGCAGCAGCUGCUGCUGCUGCUCCUUCUGUUGCUGCUGCUGCUCCUCCUGCUGCUACUGCUGCUGCUGCUGAUGAUGAUAGCCCUUGGUUGUGGGAGGGAUACUGCAGCGAUUCGAUGGCUGCGCAGAAUAUUCGCAGCUUUUGCUUCGACACAGCAGCAGCAGCAGCAGCAGACCCUUCUUGCUGCGAUCACUACCACCAACGCUGCAGCAGCAGCAGCAGCAGCAGCAACAGCAGCAACAGCAGCAGCAGCAGCAGCAAUCAUGUUGCCGCCGAACGCCAUCCCUAUCUGUCCCAGCAGCAGCAGCAAGCUCAGCAGCAGCAGCAGCAGCAACAGCAGCAGCAGCAGCAGCAGCAGCAGCAGAAGCGCCGCGUGGUGGGGUUGUUGUGUUUUAGUGAGUGCGAUAUUACGUUUAAUCAUCAGGGGCCUCUGCAUAAUACUCGUUUAUUGAGGGCUUACAGCGUUGGCUGCAGCAGCAGCAGCAGCAGCAGCAGCAGCAGCAACACCACGCAGCGCUUCCUUCGUCUUCUUAAACACUGGGUGAAGAAAAGAGACGUCGGAGACGGAGCGAAGGGCUUCACUAACAGUUAUUCGUGGCAGUUGGCUGGGAUAUACUUCCUGCAGCGCUGUCUCUUUCAAGCCCCACAGCAGCAGCAGCAGCAGCAGCAGCAGCAGCAGCAGAUGAGGUGCUUGCCAGAGCAGCAAGGGACCUGGGGACAGUUGUUAGAAGUAUGUUGGGCUGUAGGAGACCCUCAGUGGCUGCCGCUGCUACCGAAUCUGCAGCUGCGUCUUCCGCAGCACGAGCAGCAGCUGCAGCAGCAGCAGCAGCAGCAGCAGCAGCAGCAGCAGCAGUGUUUGGCGUGUGGGGGUUUGACUCCUUAUCCUCUCAAUGCACUUCCUGAAGAUCCAUCUGCUGAUGUCUUCUUCUGCGAUCCUCAGAGAGGGUUAAAUAAACCCCUUAGUGGCGGCUAUCUGUCUUUAUCUGCUACUCAGAGCAGCAGCAGCAGCAGCAGCAGCAGCAGCAGCAGGGUAUGCAGCUGCGGGCCCUGGACUGCAUGCGGAAGCAGCGAAUGGCCGGAAGAUAUUGAGGGUUUAUCUUUAGAAGCAUAUUGUCUCCAUCAGCUAGCAACAAGUGCAACAGCAGCAGCAGCAGCAGCAACAGCAGCAGCAUUUAAGAUGAGCCGGUACAAGCACGGGCUGGGACAGCCUGCUGCUGCUGCUGCAGCAGCAGCAGAGACAGUGCAGCAGCUGCGAAUCGAUUCUAAGCGUAUUGUCUUCGCGCAGCAGCUGAUGCCUCCUGCUGCUGCUGCUGCUGCUGCUGAUAUCCGCAGACACUUCACAGCUUUAUUAGGUUCUGUUGUGCUGCUGCAGCAGCACAACCCCACGCUGCUGCAGCUGCUGCGGGCCUUCUUCAGGUUUUACACGUGUCAGUUCAACGCUGCGUCUUGCACUUUGAACAUAAAAGAUUUGUCUCUCUUCCCAACAGCAAAACCUCUUCGCUUUUAUUUGCUGCCUCGUAGACAGGCUGAGGCAGCAGCAGCAGCAGCAGCAGCAGCAGCAGGAAAUGCAGCAGCAGCAGAUGGUGUGCAGGACGUAGAAUGCGACAGUGUUCAUAGACAGGCAGAAAAAGCAGAGGAAGAGGGGGGCACAGCAGCAGCAGCAUCAGCAGCAGCUGCAGCAGCAGCAGCAGCAGCAGCAGCAGCAGCAGCAGCAGCAACAGCAGCAGCAGCAAACGCAGGAAAACGAAAGGAGAAAAAUGCGCAUUGUCAGACAUACAAAUGUGCAGCAACAGCACAUUACUUAACUAAAGUAACUAGCAGAUACUGCGACUGA